CGAGCAAUGAACACGCAGCGCGCGGUUAUAAUUUGCAUUUCCAACCAAACGCGGGGAUAACUAAGCCAGGAUAAUCAUAUAUCGUGCGAUCCUUCGAGGGUCGGUGAAAAGGUGAAAGCACUAAAUUCACGAAACAACCCCGUACAAAAAAUAUAUAGUGAUAGUGUGUGAAUAUGAAAGUGUGUGUCACUAUGAGCACUAGCGGGGUCACCGCCCACCAUUUUGACCCCUUCCACGCAGCUUGAACUUGUGGCAAAGCCGCAAAUGCAACGGCUAGUUUGUGAAUUCGCAACGUGCCACGGGCUAAACACUGACACCUCCAUCUCGUUUGGUCCCCCCAAAAAAUCCGUGUCCAUCGUAACCCGUUUUUAGCCAUUACCCCUAACCCGUGUGUAACCCGUUUCGCAUCCGUAUUCCGCGUUCGCGUCGCGGUUCGUUGAGCUGGCAGCCAAAAAUGUCGGUUUAGUUGCGCCAUUGCAGUAUUAUCUUUAUGCACACAGAGAGCCGGGAACUCGGCUUGCAGAUAUUGCAACCCAUAUCCGCGGAACGUGUCGCCAUCACCAUCGCCAUCGCCACACCGCUGGCCAUGUGAACUGUGUAGCAAACAAUUUAAAACUAUAAAACCAAUUAAUAACCAAAGAACGCAAAAACCAAAGGCAAUUGAUGUAAAAGAAGAAAUUUAAUUCAAUCCAUAACUUAACGAUACAUAUCAAUGUUAGUCUGAUUUUCUUUUAAUACUAUUAGAUUACAAAAAUAUCAAUAUACAUAUCAAAAUAUUUAAAGUGCUAAGAUUGAUUAAAGUCAACCGAGUUUAAAGCAUAUCCCAAGGGCAAUUGAGACGAUUUAAAAUUCCGAUAGAGAGAAGCAAGUGAAGCGUUGAAAACAAAAAGCCGGUGGCAAAAUAAAUCUUUAAUUAAAUCGACUGUGCAGAAGGAUGCAAUUUAAUUGAAUGGAUAUAACGAAUCACGCGAGUUUUGCCCCUCGAAAAACACGCACAUCGGUGUGGCGUAAAAUCGCUUUGUCAUGUAAUGUCUUUAUGCCUCUCGGCGGAUCAAGUGCUUAGGCGAUAAGGAAAAGCAGCUGUGUGGCGGCUCCUUUCCGGAUUUAUAUGCAUAAAUGAAAGCACGCAUGCUCCGGCCGUAAGCCAAAGUUGAAGGGGGCCUAGGAUUCCAUCGUACGGCGGAUUAGCUGCAACAUAAAGGCGCAAACACAAAGGUCCUGAAAAAAAAAACGCACGGGGUUUUUGCUCCCAGCAGGAAGCUGGGAUUUGGCGCCCUCCAUGACGUCAACAGUGUGUAAAUGGGCAAGCAAUUAAGCCGUUAACGAUGUGCCCGCUCUCAAAGGCUCCACGCAGGACCUCCAUGACCUCCAGGACCGCCAGGACCUCCCCGAUCCAGAUAGCGAUAGGCAGCCCGAUAGAGUCCUUUACGAGCAUAAGCAAACCAAUGAAAAAUGCAUUCAGCUGCGCUGUGUCCAAUGUCGCUGAUUAAUUCCAAUUGAACAGUAGACAACGUCCUCUGGUAUCUGGAUUUCAUUUGUGCUACAACCAAUGACAACAUGCUGAAACCGUUGGCCGUGAUUAUUGGAAUUUUUUAUUUAGGUUCCACCAUUAAGGGCGUCGUGGCCAUACUGAAUUGUAUCCUGGCACGUCAGCUAUGUUUCGAGGAUCCCUCAUGUUCGGCCAUAUUGGAAAUAAUACCGCGCGUCUGCGGGCCCAUACCAGUGUCCUGCAGCACGGUGACGGUGACCAAGUGCCAGGCGGCCCUUCGCACCCUGCAGGCCUUCCAGUUCUUCCGGCCCACCUGCCUGUGCAAGGAGCCCGGAAUGGAUCCCGACUGCAAUCACUUUCGGGACUUUCUCUUCGAUCAUCCGUGCGGAUUUGUGUUAAAGAAAGCCGAGAAGGAUCCUUAUCCCAUUGAUGCACUACCAACUUGCAACCAUGCGCUUUCCGUCUGCCAACAGGAACGCAAAUGCCUGAAGCUCUUCGAGGACUUUAAAACGCAUUGCAAAGUGCGCGACAACAAGUGCAAAAUGGAAAACAGGGACGCCUGUCACGAUUCCUGGACCAACCUGCGGCUGUCGCCCAUGUUCGGAUGCAUCUGCCCGAACAACCAUAUGAAAAAGCGCUGUGAUCGUAUCUUUAAUAUUGUUAAUCACAAUCCGUGUGUGGAUAGACUAAUAUUUUUCCCCAACGGUCUGCCCAAAUUGAAGCAACAGAGACCAAAGGCAAAGCCGCGGCCCAAACCGAAACCCAAAGCGAAACCGAAACCCAAGCCGAGGCAAAAGCACCAUGGCAUCAAUGGCACGGAGCUCAUGACCAACAAUAUCGAGUACCAUGAUGAGCCCAACGGACUGAACGAUCCGGAGGACGAGGCCAAUGAGACGGAGGACGAGGAUCCCGAUGGGGAUGGUAAUGGUACUGGGGAUAAUGAUGAUGAUGAUGAUGAUGACGACGAGGAGGAGGACGACGAUUAUGAUGACCGCAUACGAGCCGAGAUUUAUUCGAAUUACCCGCACUACCUCCAUCCGCCGUCGUGGGGUAUUAACAAUCCCCUGGUCCUCGCCUCGCACAGUCCGCACACUCUGGACGACGACGACGACGUGGUGGUGGAGGUGGUGACCAACAGGAAGCCACCGUCGUCCAACCACCACCACAACGAUGAGCUGGAGCACGACGUGGUCGUGGUGGUGGAUGCCGGACCCCACUCCCACUCGCAUCCGCAUCAGCACACCUACUAUAGCCACGGCGAUCAGAGCUCCACGACAGGAUCUGGACCACCGGGCCCGGCACCCACGAUUCCCAGCCCACCUAACACUGGCACCAAAAUGCACAAAACAGCACCACUCGGCGAUUUAGUUGCCGGCAGCGAUAUAACCCACCGCACCUACACAGGACCCUCGAUGGAGGAACGAGGUGGUCAGGAUGUCGAAGUUGACCUCUCAACGGAAAUAAUCAAGCAACACUUUCAGAGUACCUGUCACACGGCAUUGGACACUUGCCGGGAAGAUCCGUCCUGCUCAUCGUCCCUCCAGCCCAUGCUGACGCACUGUGAGCUGCACCGGUGCAAUCGCAACGCGUGCAUGUCCUCGUUGCAGGCCUUCUACAAGGGGCCCCACGAGGACCUCAAUCUGGACAUCGCCUUUUGUCUCUGCAAAAAAACAAGCGGCGGCCAGCAGAACGGCAAUGGCAAUCGGCACGACAUGUGCAUGAUUGCACAGGAAAAACUGCAUCCAGUGUGCGCGCAGCGACCGCCCGAUAACAGUAAUCCGGCCAGCUCCAAUGGCAUUUACUACCAUCCGCCGCCCGCCUGUCACGUGGUCGCCGACAGCUGCAAGGAGGACCGCGAGUGCAGAUUAAAGUUGGAAUAUUACGAGCAGGCCUGUGCAGUGGAUAGCGUGACCAAAAAAUGUGCCGGGAGACCAAGUGGCUGUCGAACGGCCAUGAUUGGCAUUCUGGGCACCAUGUUGAGGACGACCUGUGCCUGCCAAGGAACGGAUCCCCAGCACCUGUACCAGUGCGUGGGAUGGCGACGCCUCCUGUGGAUGAAUCCGUGUGUGGUUGAGGCUCAAAAGGAUUUCCAUAUGAAGCGAUUGGCUGAGCUCGGUUUCCUUACCACCACAACAACGACGACCACCACGACGACAACAACAACGACGACGACGACCACGCGGGCACCACCGCCCCCACCUCCGCCCACCACAACAACAACGACGACGACCAGUCUGCAGCCGCGGCAAACGCCAAGGAAGCCGGCGACGCACAUCUUCAAGGACGUCAGUGCGCCAAAAGAGAAAUCAGAGCCAACAUCGGUGGAACACAAUUAUCUCGAUCCGCCCGAUUCAAUACCGCUGCCCAGCGUAAAUGUCGAGAGCGGCGGAAAUGGCGGAAAUGACGAUUAUCACAAUGGCAACGGCAAUGGACACGGAAAUGGAAAUGGCAAUGCUAACGGGAACGGCAAUGGCAAUGGCAACGGCAGACGUAAAAAUGGCGGAAAGGGACGUGGCGGCAGUGUAGAUUUCGAUGAUCCAGUAAUUUUCGUCGACCCAAGGGAAACAACUGAAUUUGUGGGCAUCAGCAUCACGGAGCCGGUAACCACAACAACCACAACAAUGGCCACCACGACAACAACUCAGCCGCCAAGAAACUGUGUUGUCCAGCGACCACGUCAAUCGGAUCAACUUAUUCGUGAGGGCAGCAGCAAACGGAUCUACUCCUUGGACGACGUCGAGUGCAGUGAGCUGUGCAGCUGCGGCGAGUCGCUCAUCCUCACCUGCCACGCCCUCUGCGUGCCGUUCGCCCCCUGCCGCACCGCCCUGGCCUUCUACAGCCACGCCUCCCCCGCCUACCAGGCCUUCCGCGGACGCUGUCUGUGCUACUCGGGCCGCUUCAUCUGCAUGAAGCCGCCGCUCGGGGAGUACAUUCUGCCAGGUGGGAUAUUCCUGCUGCUGGGCUACAGUGCAGCGGAUGAGGCGCUGCUCAGGCCCCACACCAACCUGGGGGUCCAGGAUGCCGUGCGAGCCCUGCAGCAGUACGUAACCACAUACAUCGAUAAUCAGACGCAGUGCACCCUCACGCUGUUCAACAUGACCGAGGAGAACAUCAUCAUUGCUGCGCGUCUGCCGCACGACGGAAAACUGAAGGAUAUUGAGCUGCUGCGUAAGGAGAAGGACGAGUGCACCGCGAUACUGAAGACCAUCAGUCAUCAAAUCAAUAGCGAGCACAGCGAGCUGCAAUCCCACCGACUGCUGAGCAUUUUCAAAAUGUCCGAAGUCGAGGUCGUCUGGCCGGAGAGCACCAGUGCGGCGGCGAGGAGUGGACAUGGUCCUGGCCAGUUAGCCGGAUGCCAGAGCCGCCGGCUGCUCUUCGCGGCCAUGCUGGCCGUGGCCUAUCUUUCCAGCUGGACAACGCUGCGGAUGAGCGAUGUGGCGACAUGACAGCCGCAUAGCUGAAGGAUUAGAGCCAGGACAAUUGCAUAACUGUACGUAGUAGAUACUUGUAGGGGGACUAUCAUCAUCAUCAUCAUCGUUAUCAACAGUGGUGGGAAACGGCGACGGGCGAGCUGCCAUGAUAUGUGGAACGAUAGCGAUAACUAUAAACUAUAAAGAUAUGGUGCAUACUCUUAAUAUAGCGUAUUCAUAAUGUGUUGUAUACAUCUAGGGGCUAGUUCUGUGUUUAGCUGCGAUUUUUGUGAAGCUUUGUUGUUGACCCUUGACGAUGUUGCUGUCUCUUUUGAUACGUACAUAUAUGUGAGGCAUUAUGGGAUAUACAAAAACAUAUAGAACAUACAUAAACAUACGCCUAGAACUCAUCUAGAUUAAUCUAUAAUUUAAUGUGAAAGGAAACUGCUGUCUACAUAAUAAUAUUGUUAGCAUAUAACAGAGGCAAACUCGAGAGUUGGAUUUGAUGAGGCGUGUAUAUAGAAGGCAUAUGCAUUAAGUACUAUCCGUAGCUAGUGUUUUAUACGGUAUAAACAAUACACACAACUCCUGUCCGUCCGUCCGAUAGUCAUUAUCGCACCCAAACACACAACAAUUAACGUAACAAUUGCAUGGCUCUUAUUGUUUGCUCUUUAAGCUCUAUAAAGUUCUUGGCCGCCUCAAUUAAAAAGAAUUAUUAACCGCCUUAACAGUGUUUACUUUGUUCCAGGCAGCGAGUGCCUCUUCUGGAUAUGCCAGUUCUCUUUUGAUUUUUAAUUACAUUUUAAUGCGGCCUGGCCUUCGCCUUUUUCACUCUGCCGGGAAAACAAACAAUAUUCAGGCGUGUGCGAAUGAACUCAUUUAACACUCGCUGUCGCAGUCGCAAUCACAUUCACAUUCGAAUUUGCGGAUGAGCGUGCAAAACGUUAUUUUUAAUUUAUUUCAUAGUUUUCCGUUUCGUUUGGAGGCGCGAAAACAAUUACGGUUUCAUUAUCAAUUAUGCGUUCUGCAUUUCGAUUGUUGCCACAAUUUCACCGGGCCGAGAGCCAUGACCUCGCCUCGUUUCAACAGGUUUCAUUGCUUACCCCUAUCCCAUAAUCCUGAAUACUGAAUCCACAAUCCCGAUUACCAUUUCAGUUCGCUGUACAUACUCUUACCACUUUAAAGUCUAUUUACGUAAUUAAAUACUAACAGUACAUAUCAAUAUGAACACCUAAACGAGUUUUACACAGUAACAAAAUUCUUACAAUGUCCCUCGAUUGCUCGAAUCUUUUGUACAUAGUUAUACCGAAAACUAUACAUAAUAUUUACAACGAUAUACAAGAGGAAAACACAUGCCUAAGUCUAUGGGAACUUGAUUCACGUUAAACAGCUAAGAUGAAUUGUAUAUUGAACGAAACUUCAGUUGAGCCUUAAAUAAUGAGUGUAAGAGCGAGGAAAAUAGCUAUUGUACAUAAAAGAAGCAACAACCUGAGUGAAUGGAAACUCCUUAACAAAUAAUUGAGUGUUUGACACAUGAACACACGCUACUCACGCACCACUCACUUUAAGUCUAAGCUUGACCAUUUGAACCGAAACUUGUAGCAGUGUGUAACGUGCGCAUAUUGAAAAUGGUCACAAUCAUGAAAAAAUGUCUUCCUUAAUGCAUAUACUCGGCGAUAUGUAUUAUGUUUAUACACAUAAAUAUAUACUAAAUACCUAUACCUAUACGAUACUUGGCCUACGCUUCAGUUAGUCGAAAGAUAAUGUAAUAUAGACACCAAGGGCUAAAAACCAUAUCGCUAUCGAAUAUCCCUGCAAAUUAUAACACUGUUGACACAAAUUAAAACUAACCGCAACAUAUCUAAGUCAAAUAUACCCCUAAUUAAAUAAAUAUAUAUUGAUAAAUAUACAUAUGCAUAAAGUUAUAAACGUUAGAGAGCAUUGAAAACUACUUUAAUAGUCUCUAGAGAAAGCAACGCUUUAACCCAAAACUAUAUAGGCAGCAACAGCAGAGGAGUGUAAAGUUUAUUGGAAACCUGCUUGGGAAAUCUUCUAGCUAAAUAUUAGACGAAUUUAAGGCUAUCCAAAACCAACUUAUCGAACCGAUGGAGGAGCUCGUAGGUCCCAAGAAAAAGGGCAAAUUAGUAGAAUUGUUGGGGCAUUGGAUUUCAGUUCAUUUGCUAUCCUAUCCAUAUCGUUUGAUGGCCAACGAGGGCAGCAACUAAGUCGUUAUAGUUUCGGAGCAUAUCAGUAUACCAGUCGAGGCAGGUCGAGUGUAUUGUUUCAUCUCAUCCCCUCACUUAUAGGGUGCGGACAAAGCGUAGCUACAAUGUAAAGUACCGUUAAAGUAAAAUGAUAAAUGAAAAGAAAAGCAACAUGCAAAAUGAAAAAUGAAAAACAAGAUGGAAAUGAAGAAAAUUACAAAAUAGUCGCAUUAAUGUAAAAAGCAAAUAAAAUGCAAGAGGAAAACUAGCACUCAAAUAGCAAUCUGUAGCAUGGAUACGUAUAAAUUCGAGGAUAGCAAAUCAGAAAGGCAUCGUAAUAAACGUAAAACAGAGGAGAUACUUUGAAAAUUAUGCAUGAGGAAUACGAGAGCCACACUUCGAGUUUAAAGCUGUAAGUUGAAACCUAAAAAGUAAAUGAUAUAUAUAUAUAUAUACGAUAUGUUAGGAAGGCAUACGAGUGUGUGUUUGUAAGUAAGUGGGCUUUAUGUUAGCGUAUACAACCGAAUUGAGGUACAUGGAUAAAGAUAAAUCUAAAAAUAAAUAAUAAAAUAAUGCAAAGCGAAUGGAAAGCAAGCGAUACGUCGUGGCAUAUUUGUAUUAAAAACAAUGUAAGUGAAACAACAAGAACAAGGAGCAGAAAAAUAAAGAAAAACACAAAAUAUAGAAAUUAAA